GUUCUCACCUUCAUCGGUCGAAUUUGCGUUAGCGGGCUAGUUGGUUCUCAACAUCAUUUUUUGACGAUGGCUCGGGCUGAUAUUGGUAUGAUUGGUCUGGCAGUAAUGGGUCAGAAUCUGGUCCUGAACAUGAACGACCAUGGAUUUACCGUCUCAGUUUAUAAUCGAACUGUUUCCAAAGUUAGAGAAUUUAUUGAAAAUGAAGCUAAGGGGACAAAUGUAAUUGGAACAAUGUCAUUAGAAGAGUUUGUGCAAAGUUUAAAACGUCCUAGGAAAGCUAUGCUUUUGGUUAAAGCUGGUCAAGCGGUCGAUGAUUUUAUUUCGAAACUAGUACCUUUACUUGAGAAAGGCGACAUCAUAAUUGAUGGAGGGAAUUCUGAGUAUAUGGAUACUGACAGACGCUGUUCUGAGUUAGCUAAACAGGGGAUCCUUUAUGUUGGCACGGGUGUAAGUGGUGGAGAAGAGGGUGCUAGACAUGGACCAAGUCUUAUGCCUGGCGGUAACCCUGAAGCUUGGCCUCACAUCAAACCAAUAUUUCAGGCAAUCGCAGCUAAAGCCAAGUCUGGUGAACCUUGCUGUGACUGGACAGGACCUGCUGGUUCUGGACAUUAUGUAAAAAUGGUCCAUAAUGGGAUUGAAUAUGCUGACAUGCAGUUGAUAGCAGAAGCAUACCAUUUGUUACGGUAUUUGGGGCAUUUCCAAAAUAAUGGAAUAGCACAAGUUUUCAAAGAAUGGAACGAAGGUCCUCUGGAAUCCUACCUCAUUGAAAUAACUAGUCAUAUAUUUAAUUACCAGAAUCCUGACGGUUCAUACCUUAUCGAUCAGAUACUGGAUGCUGCGGGACAAAAGGGUACUGGUAAAUGGACUGCAAUAUGUGGACUUGAUCAUGGUGUUCCUGUGACGUUGAUCGCUGAGGCAGUAUUUUCCCGUCAAUUGUCAUCAAUGAGGACACUUCGUUCAGAAGCAUGUCGUGUGUUAAAUACAACACCUGACAAACCAUUUUGUUGUUCUAGUCCAGAAAUUGCAAAGAAACUUAUUGAUGACAUUUGGAAAGCAUUGUAUGCAUCAAAAAUAGUUUCGUAUGCCCAAGGAUUUAUGCUGUUGCAGCAGGCAUAUCAAGCCUUUGGUUGGAAAUUGGAUCUUGGUGCGAUAGCUCUUAUGUGGCGUGGUGGGUGCAUCAUACGCAGCAAAUUUCUUGGAAAUAUAAAAGAAGCUUAUGAUAAAAAUCCAAAUCUGAGUAAUUUACUUCUAGAUCCAUUCUUUAAAAAAGUUAUUGAUGAAUGUGAAGAUGGAUGGCGUAGAGUGGUUUCUCAUGGAGCUUUAAACGCGAUUCCUACACCUGUAUUCAGUUCUGCAUUAUCAUUCUAUGAUGGAAUAAAAUGUCCAUAUUUACCUGCUAAUUUAAUACAAGCUCAACGUGACUAUUUUGGAGCCCAUCAGUUUGAAAAAACUGAUAAUCCAGGCACGUUUAUUCAUGUCGACUGGACAGGUCAUGGCGGUUCAGCAGCUUCCACUACAUAUCAGGCUUAAUUCUUAACAAAUUUUGUGAUAUUUAAUCAUAUCUACAUUACUUAAUUAGAAAAUGAAGAGACUUCUACGGAUUAUUACGUUUUCAAAAUUCCUUUUUUAUGUACGUUUGUCAGAAAUAAUUUCUUAGGUAAAAAAAUGUAUUCUUAGCAUGAUUUGUACAAGUUAUUUCUCAUAUCACACUUAAUAAAUUACACUCUAGUAAUU